UUUGGAUCAUGUAUCGUCACUGUCCAGUGAGAUUGUUUUUAAACCAUCUCUCGUUUGUGUUGCAAAGGGGGAAUCUUGUAAAAACAUUAGAAGAAGCAUCUUCUACAGAUGAAAACGGCCUUUCGGCUACACACAACAUUCUCGGCUUUUUAGGAACUGUAGCUACCACUAUUCUCAUCACAAAGUAUAGCGAAAAGACAGCUGUGGAUGGAGACCAUGAAGAAAGAGGAUGAAGCAUUGUUGCAAUAAAAUCCACGUGACAAGCUCUGAGCUGCUGCUUUUGUCUCUAUGCUUUUAACCUCAAACAUUAUACAUCGUCUUCUUACAUAGUUCAGGUCCGCUCCAGUAUGUGAAAGAGCUCUGUUUUUUUCUUGUCUCAUUGGUACUUCAUUUCAUUAUUAAAUAGUUUUUCUUAAAAAAUAAAUAGAAGAAAAAUACGGUUAACCAAUAUGAACCAAGGUAUGCACAGAUCAAAUUAUUGUGACAUGAAUGAUAAAAACUUUCUUGUUAUUUGCACUGUUAUCGGGAAACGAUUAAAAUGAGAGAAUCUUCGAAUAAUUUACUUUUCUCGUAUACGUCGAAUCAAAAUUAUUUAUAAGAAUCUUGUCAGAGCAAAGUUUAAUAUAUCUGAAUGAACUAAAAUUAUUUCGAACAUGUUAAUUGAUGGAUAGAAGAAGAUAACUGCAUCUAUUGUCAUGGGUAUCAUGUUAGGCCAAAGUACGUGAAUAUAAACAUCAUCAAAUAAUAUAUAUAGUAUAAAGAUAGUGCAUAUAACUAAAUGUCCCGACAAUUACAUGUGCAUAUGAAUCAAGUUUUUCUCUAUAUUUAGUUAAAUUUUCAUUUACUACCUUUGAAAAUGUUCAACCAACAUCUCCCCAAAUAAAUGUAUCUUUGUAAUCCCAAAAGUAGCGUUGGUCCAAAACCCAAAACCCUUUGAACAAAACUUAUGCCUGGGAAAAACAUAUUAUUAGAUUUUCAAAUUUUGUCAUACCCCAAGAACCAAAAAAUGAUAAUUUGUCCUUUUCUUUGAAUCAAAUUUGGGUCUUUGCGUACUCUCCCAUUGAACCGUAUUAAAUGACAAGUUUUGCUUAAAACAAAAUGAUGGAUAACUUAUUAAAAUCUACAGUCAACGUCAAGCUGUGUCCACACGUACCUCAUUUUCAUAUGAAACUGAUUUCAAAAUUACUUUAAAUAAUGAUCUAAAUAUAUCAUUUGGAAGAUGUUACUUUAUACAGAAAGAAUUUCAAUUUCCAUGUAAAAAGCUUCUAUCAUCAUCCCUCUGGCAAUGCAAUAGAGUGUUGCAUUCGCACGUAUACAAUAAAAAGGAAAAAAAAAAAUGAAAUUUUCAAUUUGAUAAUUAUUCCCAUUUUAAAAUAGAUGUCUCAAAGCUAUUGUAUAUGCUUAUCUUAACAUCAUUCGAAAUUUUUUAUCUAAUGAUUUCACAAGAGUAGAAAACGAGCUUUCAUUUAGAAAUUUCAAUCUCCAUUCCAUAGAAUGAAAACUAUGUAUGUUCAACAAAAGAAGGGAGAAUGCAACCGUCAGUGGCAGAUACGUAAAUAAUGACAACACAGAAGGGUAAUUAUCGAUCCAGCCGGAAUUGAGAGUGUCGUCGAAAGCCAAGAAAGCUCGCAGACCCAGAGGCGCGCCUCGAAGCACCCCACGUAAGAAAAGAAAAAAUAUUAAUUAGGCUCACUAAUCUUCAACUGACGAAAACACCCUCACACACUCUCGCUGGUAGGGGUAUAAUCGUCUUAUCCAUAGUCUUAAUUACAAUUCAAAAAUUUCGAGUCGUUACAAAAACCGGAGCGUCCUCUCGCUUCGCUUUUGUGCUUCGAGUGGUUUGUUUGUACACAUCACAGCGCUAAUACGACGUCGUUUCGUAUGGGAAAUUAAAAUAAAACUUUUCUUUUUGUCCGCUAAAACGAAUAUCUCAGAAACAGCGAAACUAGUGCCGUUUUCUUCUUUUGCUUCAUCAUCAGCAGCAGAGUCAAUGAAUCAGAGAUCUCUGUAGAAAAGUCAGUUCAGUUCAGUCAGGUUUUUGCAGAAGACGAUCGGUGACUGACUUUGGAGAGCGAGAGAGAGAGAGAGAGACUGUGGAGGUUCUGUUUGAUAUGGAGUACGAGUUUGAUGCAGCUCGGUGGUUCGAUUUCACUCGGGAGGAGUCACCAGCUGAGUCUCAGUCCGCCGAGUUCUGGUUUCACUCUGCUCCCUCCUACGCUCCCUCUCCUUUCGUGACAAAAUUGUUGCUCGGAGAAGACAUGUCUGAUGACAAGACCGAGGCAUCCACGAAACCAGAGGGUGAAGACGGUGGCGAGAAGGAUGGAGAUAUCGAUCGCCAUCCAUAUUUGAAUAAGACUGGAAAUGGAAUGCGUUUUGGGGUAUUUUCAUCCCAACAAGCUCAUUACUUGAAGAAAGUUCCAAACCAACCUAUAUGCAAAGGGCCAACGGUUAGUAGUCACAACCACAAUGAUAAACCAAAAUUCCGAGCUAAGCCAAGCAUCAGACCACUUCCAAGGAGCUCUACGCUAAUGAAACCAACUGCUAGCCAGUUAGCUAAACAAAAUAAUGCCAGUAAAUUCCAUAUGCAAGUGGACCAAGUUCAUGAGAAAGGCUUAUGUGGGACCGAAGUUCAAGCGGCCAAACGACAGAAACUUGACGGGGGUCUUCUCCGCAAGGUUGCUGAUACAAAGCCGGAGAUGAGUUUUGUUCACAAGAUACCUAAGAAGGAUAUAACUCUUGAUAUAAACUCACAACAUCACAGGGCAAAGAUUACUGUCCCACAGGAGCCUGAUUUUGCUACAUUGCAGAGGGCACACAGGAUACGCCGCAAGAUUGAUGAGAACUUAGAACAGGACUCAACAACCAUAUAUCGAUUCAAAGCACGCCCUUUCAACCGAAAGAUAUUUGAUGCUCCUUCAUUGCCCAUCCGGAAAAAGAGUACUCCAAAACCAACGGAGUUCCAAGAAUUCCAUUUGAAGACUUCAGAAAGGGCUAUGCAACAUUCUUCAGCAGUAACAACAAGGUCUAAUCAGAGAAAUGAUGCGUAUAAGGGAUCAGAAAAAUCUAAUAUAACUGAUGCACUUGACGGUAUUAACAGAGAAAGUAGGAGACCAAACGUUAUGGAUAUAUCUAAGCAUGAUGUCUCGGAAGGGAAACAUGUUUUUAAAGCUCGUCCUCUGAACAAGAAGAUACUUUCAAGCAGAGGAGACAUGGGCAUUUUCAAAAAUAGCAAGCGAGAAACAACAGUUCCUUUGGAGUUUAGUUUUAAUACAGAAAAGAGAGUUCAACCAGAUUUACCAACAGACCUUUUCAGCAAGCUCUCCAUCAAACCAGAGAUCAAGCAAAACAGUGGAUCCCGCACAAGAUUUCCUCAAGCAAAGGGCUUCAAGGAAAAUAGAGUGUACUCUUUCCAAGCAGGGAAAGAGGUAAGCUCUAAACUUAGUGAAAACAAAAGCAGCUUGCAACCACUUACAGCCUGUGGUUUCUUAAUUUCUUGUAACAAUACCCAUCCAUUGAAGGUAACAAGAGUGGCAUCUGGAAAAACAGUUUCUUCAGCUGGACAUAUACAAUCUGGUCAUAGCGGAAUAGUUCCUGAAACAAACCAGCAAUGGACCGCUAGUAGGAGCUUAGGCAUUCGCUGAUGGUAUAGAAACAGCUUUUGUAGCAUAUGGAAUCAUCAUCAACAACUCCUUUUUACAGUUAGUAGCAUAAGAAAAAAAAGAUAUAAAAAACAUAAAUGUAAAUCAGAAAAUACUUUCAAGCUCUUAAUACAACAUGUGGUUCAUAUA